GGCAGAUUGAUCGUGGUGGAUAGUGGUUCACAGUUCGCUUGGAUAUCUUUUCAUUCUUGUCUUAAUCAUUGUCUAAUCCCACUAUUAUCAUUCGGGUUACUGCAGAGCAGCAGAAUAUGGUAACACCUAUCCACACCACGGCUGAAGUUGGAAACAGGACUGCGGCUCCAGUGACCUCAACAACAAGGACGGACACAGAUCUAACGUCUACAUUCUCUGAGCUCCUGACACAGUGGAACGACUACCAAUUAUUCCAACUGACAAAAUUCUAUCGUGAGAGACUGAAACAGGCGAUUGAAGAAGGGGUUGAAAGUCUCCGUCUCAUGAUGAGGCCUCAGGGAUAUUUCAGUGAACAAGAACACAGGAAUAUCGCUGAGCUCGUGGUAAAGAGAAACCGCAGAGACAGUUCCACACUCUUCCUCAGUCUGGUGAUGGGGAAGGGUAACCGUGCCCGGCGGGUGAUGUGGGAAUCCUUUGUGAAAAUGCAGAAUUAAUUACCAAAGCUGAACAAAAUACUGAAAGGAAUCCAGGAGCUCGGUCCUGAUCCACAUGAAUAAAUGAACAUCCUCAGAGGUUUAUCAGAAUUACCCUCUCAUAUGGAAGAUGUUCAACAGAAACACAAGGAGACUCUGCGAGCACAGACUGAAACACUGAGCGUGAACACGAUCCUGAUGAAGGAGAAGGUUAAGGUUUUCCAGUUGCUUGAUCGAUACGCUGAGCUCACAAUCAUCUCCACUGUUCGAGAUCGGACACUGGUGGAACAUGAGCUGCUGGCAAGAGGCCGGGACCAUGAAGAGUGGAGAGAGAAAUGUCUCCGGAGAGAACUGGAAAAAAUCAGGACAGAUCAAUUGUUCCAGAGCAGCUUUACCCGGAGGGAAUCCCGAUCUGGGUGUUCAGCAUCAGUGGCCGGAGUCGCGGGAAUCGGAAAAACAACAAUGGUGCAAAAGAUUGUUCAUGACUGGGCCACGGGGAAAAUAUACCCACACUUCCAGUUUGUCUUCAGUUUCAAAUUCCGGGAUUUGAACACUAUUAACAGCAGAGUAACCCUGAGGGAACUGAUUCUGGAUCAGUAUCCUUACUUUGGGAAUAUCCUGGGAGAGGUCUGGAAGAACCCAGAGGGAUUGCUGUUUAUAUUCGAUGGUUUGGAUGAAUUCAAGGGCAGAAUUGAUUUUGCUGACAGUCGGAGAGAUACAGAACCUAAACACCAGUGCCCAGAUCCCGAGUGGUGGUGUGAAGUGUCUGACAUUGUGUACAGUUUAAUCCAGCACAAGCUGCUCCCAGGGUGUUCAGUGCUAGUGACCACCCGCCCCACUGCGUUGCAUUUACUGGAAAAGGCAGAGAUCAGUGUCUGGGCAGAAAUCCUGGGAUUUGAUGGUGUAGAACGGAAGGAAUAUUUCACCAGGUAUUUUGAAGAUCAGACGGUGGCAGCAGCUGUUUUCAAACAUGUGAAGGAGAACGAGAUCCUGUAUACCAUGAGCUACAACCCCUCCUACUGCUGGAUCCUCGGCCUGACAUUGGGCCCCUUCUUCACACAGCGGAACCCGCAGCGAGUUCCCAAGACCAUCACCCAACUAUAUUGCUGCUUUAUUUACAACAUCCUGAAAAACCACGGCCGUGAGAUUGAGAACCUCCGUGAGGUGUUACUGAGGGUUGGUCAGAUGGCCUUCACUGGAGUGUCCGAGAAGAACAUUGUGUUCACAGAUGGAGAUUUGAUCAAAUACAAUCUGCAGCCUUCCCAGUUCCUAUCCGGGUUCCUGAUGGAACUUUUGCAGAGAGAGGAUUCAGCCCGGAGCGUGGUGUUCUACUUCCCGCACCUCACCAUCCAAGAGUUUGUAGCCGCACUCACACAAUUCCUGACUCUAGAUCCCGGGAAUAUCGUGAAAUUCCUGUCUGAAGCUCACAGCACGACAGACGGGCGAUUUGAAGUAUUCCUCCGUUUUGUCGCUGGUCUCUCCUCCCCACGGGCAGCUCGGGUCCUGGAGGAGUUUCUGGGUCCAUUUCCUAAUGAAACAACCUGCCGAGUGAUUGACUGGGUGAAGGAGGAGGUUAAACGUCAGAUUAGAAAUGCAGGCAUUGCUUAUGGUAAAAGGAGGCUCCUGAACACGAUGCACUACCUGUUUGAGUCUCAGAAUCCUGCACUGGCUCAGCAGACACUGGGAACUGUGGAAACACUUUCAUUCAAUGGACUGGGACUGACCCCGAUUGACUGUGCGGUCCUGUCUCAUGUCAUCAGGCCCUGUGAUACAAUCAAACACCUCGAUCUGAAGCUCUGCCGCAUUCAGUGUGAAGGUCUCCAGCGGCUGGGACCGGCUCUGCACAAGUGUCAGCGCUUGGGACUGGGAAACAACUACCUGGGAGAUUCUGGAGUGAAACCGGUGUCUGCGGCUCUGAGGAACCCAGACUGUAAAAUACAGACACUGAGGCUGGAAGAUGUCGGUCUCACAGAUACUGGAGCCAAGCAUUUUGCAUCUGCUCUCAGUACAAACUACUCACUGACGAAGCUGGACCUGAGUGGGAAUAACCUGGGAGAUUCCGGAGUGAAACUGGUGUCUGAGGCUCUGAGGAACCCGGACUGUAAAAUACAGACACUGAGGCUGGAUGAUGUCGGUCUCACAGAUUCUGGAGCCAAGCAUUUAGCCUCCGCUCUCAGUACGAACUGCUCACUGAUGGACCUGGAGCUGAGUAGGAAUAAGCUGGGAGAUCCCGGAGUGGAAGUGGUGUCUGUGGCUCUGAGGAAACGGGACUGUAAAAUUCAGAGACUGGGACUGGACAAUGUCGGUCUCACAGAUUCUGGAGCCAAGUAUCUCGCCUCCGCUCUCAGUACAAACUGCUCACUGACGAAGCUGAACAUUGGGGACAACGCGCUGGGAGAUUCCGGAGUAAAACUGGUGUCUGCGGCUCUGAGGAGCAUCGACUGUAAAAUACAGAGACUGGAGCUGAAACGUGUCGGUCUCACAGAUUCUGGAGCCGAGGAUCUCGUCUCCGCUCUCAGUACAAACCCCUCACUGACGGAGCUGGAGCUGGGAUACAACUCCCUCACGGACCGAUGUGUCCCCGCUCUCUGCCGCCUCAUACAGACCCUCCCGAGACUGAAGCAGAUCGAGCUGUGGGGGAAUCAGUUCACUGCAGAUGGACGGAACCAGCUGCAGAGUCUGCGGGGAAUCCGACCCGGACUGAGAGUGACCGUGUGAACAUCUCUGGGUGUAAACGCCACCGCCCUGGGGACCGGAAUAUUGUCGGCCGAUUCCCCGCCCUCCCCUUUAAGCGGCAGCCCGCCCCCUUUAAACGGCCGGCCGCCCGCCCCUUUAAAAGGCCACGCUCUGGGUUUAAACCGAGCUGUU